UACAGACGCUCAAUUGAAAACACACUGAAGAGUUAAAACAGAUUGAGCAUUAUUUAUCUCCGUCGUGCAAGAAUAAUUAAACUCCACCACUUUCAAUGCAGCGCCAUCCGCUGCGCGCAGCACUCAGUGCGCAUGCGCAUUUCCCUUUUCAUUUCUUAAUAUUUAAUAUCAAUGGCUGACGCUCGUUUCUAAAGCAUCUCUUAAAAUUAGGAAGAAAGCUUUGACACAUUUUCUGAACAUCAAGGUGAACGUCAAUCUCUUUGAUUUUAUUCGAUCCUAAUCAGUCAAAAUUCACCCGUAGCACCAAAAUGGGACAGAAAUGUCACAUUUAACCCUUUCCGUUCCACUGUCGACAUUAAAGCGAGAAGAUGAUGCGUCAGGUGUCCGGCGGCAGCGGCGAGUACUGCGUGGACGGCAGGCCCUCGUGUUUAGCAGAGGACGGGAGACUCUCGCCCAGUCACUUUGAUUUGUGCCCCACCAAGUUCUAUCAGUCGUCCCCUCCUCAGCGCUCUCGACCGAUGUGCUUCGCCUACCUGCCGCCGCCGGCCCCGGCCGUCCUCAAAUCCACCUCGUGCCGCGAGGAGCCGCGUCUGCCGCAGGGGCCCACAGGCGCUCAGGGAAACCACAAAAGCGGGGACUCUAAAAAGAAGGGAGCGUCUGGGAGGUCUGGGAAACGCGGCCGGCCGGCCGGAACCACCAAAUCAGCCGGUUACAGAACCAGCACGGGCAGACCGCUGGGCACCACCAAGGCCGCCGGGUUUAAGACCAGUCCGGGCCGGCCGCCGGGCACCACCAAGGCCGCGGGCUAUAAAGUGAGUCCCGGUCGGCCGCCCGGCAGCAUAAAGAGCCCGUCUCGCCUGGGGAAGCUGAGCUACAGCGCCUGCAGCGGAGCCGCCUUCCCCUACAGCAUCAUGAACAAACCUGCGGCGUGUGAGGCUGCGCUGAAGGAGGAGGCAGCUGCAGAAACACCAAAAAUGUUGCUCCAAGCUCCUCAGUUCCUCCUCAGCGGCUUCCCCCUACGAAACCAAAAAACGCCUCCUCCAGUCGCCGUCAUGCCGUCCGAGGGCUUCUCCCCAGCAGCCGUGUGUCCGGAUGGCAGUCCGUCCAGGAGCGGCCUGACGUUACCGCUGCACAGCGCUCUCCCGUCCUACUCAUGAGUCCGGCGUGCUUUCGUUUGUCACACCCGCUGACUGGACACGGUUCUGAAACUGUACAUACGUGUGAGUUCAGCACAUGUGAUCGCUCUGAAUGUCACUGCAUGUCACGUUGGGUUGUUAGGCUUGAUUUACACACGAUAAUGAAGAGUGCAAUAUGUCCAUUGGUGUUGUCCAUCACUCCAGCACUCCACCAAAGAACUUCAGCAGCUUUCUAUAAUGAUUCUAGAUUCCUAUGAUGAACAGAUGAAACAUGCACUCUUAAUCACACCUGUCAAUCAUUACACGUCUUGUAAUAGUUCCUUUUGUACUGUAUUUACUAUUCCGGCUCUGAUGAUUCAUAUUGGUGUGUGGGAAUGCUGUCAUGUGAUGUAAAAUGUUCUUAUUGGUUUAAUAUCACACUGAUUCAGUGGUAAGUGUAGCCUGUAAGUAACAGUGUAUGGCGUUCAGAACAGGUUUAUGUUAUUAAUAUUUGUUAUAUUCACAUAAUCAGUGACGUGGGCUUUUAAUUUUCUCUUUGAUUUACUUUGUAAUACAGUUAGAUUACGAAUGUUUGUGAAUGUUUUAUUAAAAUGUAACUACAAUCAAGGAAAUCUAAUUGAUGUUUAUUUCGAUACAAAGCAUGGCAUUUUAUUUUAUUGAAGUGGUGAAAAAUAGAAAUAAAAGUACUAAUGUAAAGAACAUAAGCAAAUUAUAAAAUAGGCCAAUAAAAUAAAUAUAGUGUACAAACUGA